AGUCGUAAGACAAUCUUUGCCCCCUCGCAAACCAACUAAGCGGAAGGCAGAGCCAGAGGAACUACCUGCGGGUUUGGAUGCUCCGGAGAGUUUCGACAAGCCGUCUGCAAAUGUUUCCACCCAGACCACUAACAAUGAUGCGCAGCGAGCAAGUCGGUACCUUUCUAUGGUUGGAAGACUGCGUUCUCAAGUCGCCUAUCACCGUUCUCAAAGUCAGAAGUCUCUGUCUCUGCUGAGAGCUGAACAAAAGGCAAGCGAGGCGUACCGUGCAAACAGACACUUGGCUGCACUUGAGGAAAUUGUGGCAGACGCUGAGCGAGGAGAAAAAAAGGCCGUUUUCCUUCUACAUCAGAUCGGAAGGUACGGGAAAAAGCAUGACAGUUACCCUGAAGAGUUCAUUCGAGAGUGCGUAAUAUGGCGUUUCAUUUCGCCGAAAGGAUAUGACUACGCUCGCGCGUCGGGCCUUUUAACCUUGCCUGCAAAGUGUACUCUACAGAGGUACAUGGGUCCAUCCCCGACGACAUCCGGAAUGAGGGCCGCGAUGAAGGAGAGGCUCGUUUCCGAGGCGUCGAUGCUGAGCAGCAAGCAGCAUAUGGCCUCCUUCAUAAUCGAUGAAGCAAGCAUCAGACCCAAGUGCAUCUAUGACAGGAAGGCCGACUCUGUGUUUGGCCUUAAAGACAAGCCCGGCGGUGAUACGCCCAGCAGCUCGAAGGAAGUGCUCGCGAACAGAGUUUUGUGCUUUGUAUUGCAAGGCCUGUCAAGCAAGUACAAAAUUCCCUGUUCGUAUUACUUCACAAAACAGCUGAGCGGCAGGGACCUGUUCACGUGGACAAAAGAGGUGAUCGCUGCGGUGGAAUUGUGUGGUUUCGUUGUGACCCGCAUUGUGACUGACAAUUACUCAGCCAACGUCACCUUGUUUAAACACUUGGGGAGUGGCUCUCUGCAAACAGUCAUGAGGCACCCACACGAUGACAGCCGCAUCAUUCUGCUCAGCUUCGAUCCUUGCCACGUCCUGAAGAAUGUGCGCAACCAGUUCCUGGAGCGACAGCUUACGGAUGGCUCAGGUGUGAUUAGUGGCACCUUCGUACAAGAGCUGUACGAGUACCAGAAGAAUAUGACAAUCAAGCUUGCCAGGAAUUUGACGAGGAAGCACGUCUACCCUACAAACCUGGAGAAGAUGAAUGUACUUCGUGCGGUUCAGAUCUUCUCCCCACAGGUUUGUGCAGCACUGGAACACCUCGAAGAAAACUCCCGCAAUGACCCUGCACUCUCCGCAUUUAGGCGAGCAAGUUCCACCGUGCACUUCAUGAGGACAAUGAAAGAUUGGUUUGAUAUGCACGACACCUCUUUCGGGGGAACGGGGCAGAAGGCCCCCAUUGCAGACGUGGACGAUGGCCGGCUAUCGUGGCUAGAAAAUGACUUCACGUGCUAUGUAAAGAAAGUACAAGCAAGCUCAGUCGCCUCUGGGAAGGGCGCUUUCACCGAGGAAACGUUUGAGGCCCUGCUUUUCACUACAAAGUCAACAGUGGAAACAACUCGAUACCUCCUAACCCAAGGCAUCAACUACGUGCUAACAAGGAAGCUAAACAGCGACCCCAUAGCAGCAGUAUUCGGCAGAGUCAGGUACAUGUGCGGUGGAAACGACAUGCUCGACGCCCGGGCUGUGACGGCUGCUUUGGACCAAAUUGUAAAAUCCAAGUUCGCAAGGCCACCUGAAGUCGUGACGUGCGACACUGAUGUUGACAAGUUGGUCAGUAGCCUGUCGGUGACGUUCUCUGACGACCUGAAAGAGCUUAGGGAAUGUACUUCCGCUCCCCCACUGUCUGUGACAUGCUCUGGUUUGGCCUACGUCGGCGGUUACAUCGCGAAACUGAUCACGGACUUCGGGUGCGAAUCUUGCGCCAUGCUCCUCACUACAAGCGACAAAGAUCAGCCACUGUACACGCUUUUGAGAAGCCAGGACAGAAGCGGCCUUGCCUACCCGAGGCCAGAGUUCCUUGCACUUUUAAACGGGAUCGUCACAUUCUUCGAGAAAAUAGCAAAACACCUGCCACGCACGCAUGUUCUCGAAGUUCUACAGCUGCUUGUAGGACCGCAUCUUGAGGACGUACCUCUGCUGAACUGCCCCGAAAGUGUUGACAAUAGUCACGGAAGACGGUCAGCAAGUUUGAUUGCUGACAGAUUCUUCAGGAUCCUUUUAGUGAAUCACUCCACUCGAGUCACCGACGACAAUGAAAAGCACAUGAACUAUACACAUAAGCCGUCGAGGAAGCACUUCCGACUGUGAAGCUUCUCCAGCUCGAACAACGUUUCUUUUGUGCAAGACUGUUCUGUCACGCCGAAGAUGA